AAUGUAGAGUGUUAUUCAAGAAAAUUAUCGUAAUCUCACAAAUUCUGUUCACACAUUAUAUUAUCUAAACCAUAACUAACAUUUAUUAUGUUUGCUUUCUUGAUUAGCCUUUUUGCACCCAAUGUCUUCCUUAUAGAAGCAAAGAACAAAGGAGUUCCUUCAAACCAAAUAUCCCAAAAAUAUGUUAGGAUUUAGUUUGUUCUUUAACUUCUUCUAUCCUCUCUCUAUUAAUUCUUAUUCGAAUCUCUCCUUCAAGAUUCCAUGGAAGAUCUCAACACAUUCGCAGCUGACUGCGUAGUUGUAUCGUGUUGUUGCAACUGUCUUGUUCUCCAGAUCGCGGUCUUUAUCUUCCUUGGACUUCCUCAAAAGCUUGUCAAGAACACGAGGAAAUGUUACGCGAAAUGGGGGAUAAACCGAAGGAUAAAAAGAAUGGGGCUUUGCUGCGAAUGUAGUCGAGAAAACACCGAUAUCGAUUCGGGAUGGAUGAAAGAGUCUAUAACGACUAUGAGUAUGGUGGAGAUGGAAGGUCUUAGGUGUAUUGAAGAAGUUGAACAAGCUUUACAAGAGUUUUCAAAGAAUGGUGAGUUUUUGUUUGGAAGCUUCUGGGGACAAGAGAGGGUUCAAAAUUCUUCGUCAAUGUCAAAUUGUGGUAAUGACAACUUUGACUUGAGAUUUGUAACUCGUUAUGAGAUCAUUGAAGAAAAUUUCUACUCCUUGGAUUAUAUAUUCACAAUUUCACCUAAUCUAACAUUGAAAUAAAAAUAGUUCCAACUA